UGCCCUGAGCCCAGCAACUAAGGGUGGGGAGCGAGAGAGAGGGGCGGAGGAGGAACACGGGCCCCCCAAAACUGUGAAAGAGCAAAGAGUGCUAGCCAGCUGCUUCCGGGUUCCCGCCGUCCGCAACCUGCAGACUGGUGAGCUACAGUCUUCAGCUAGGUUCCUCUGGGAGCCGCCACCAGGGUGCGGGGUGGGUGGCCAGGGACCGGGCCUGGGCGCGCGCGCACAGCGGUGUCGGGGGCGAGUUGAGUUCCGCACCGUGCGCGGGACGGGGCCUCCAGCGCUGGGCCUGAGCUGCACGCCCCCGCGGCCUUGCCAGCUCCCAGCGUGGCUGGAAGGCUAAGCCAGAGGAACAAGGCCUGUCUGUGCUAGGAAAGCGGCCACCAGCUGCUGGGAUGGACGCAGAUGGACGGCCUGUCCUGGCCAGCCACAUGUAAGUUGUUCCUGAGUUGGAAGGGAAGGAAAGUCGGCCACUGAAAGUUGAAGGCAGAUUGCCAACAACCAGGAAAGGACAUUGGUUCUGACUUCUUUUCUUUUCUUGUUUUUUUUUUAAAUAAAGAGGGUGUUGUCUGACUUGGGGAAAUACAACUGGCCCUGCAGCUGGCCCACUAAGUGGUCAUCAGAGGCCACCAGAAAGGAUCAGGCCCUGGGCUGUGAUCUGGCUUCCCUGCUUGAAGUAUAUUAGUCCUUGGUUGCUGCUGGGAACAGACUCGUAGUGUUGGGAGGGACAAAAAAGCAAGCAAAACAAAACAACGAAAAACAUGAGCUUGGAAGCCAAGUAUCGUGCCGCUUCCCUAUAUGUGGGAGACCUCCACGAAGAUGUCACUGAGGAUGUGUUGUUUAGGAAGUUCAACACAGUGGGACCCGUGUUGUCCAUACGCAUCUGCAGGGAUCUGGUUUCCCGUCGUUCACUAGGCUAUGCCUAUGUCAACUUUCUCCAGCUGGAUGAUGCCCAGAAGGCCCUAGACACCAUGAACUUUGACUUGAUCCAAGGCAAAUCCAUCCGUCUCAUGUGGUCUCAGCGGGAUGCCUACCUGAGGAAAUCGGGAAUAGGGAACGUGUUUAUUAAAAAUCUGGACAAAUCCAUUGAUAACAAAACUUUGUAUGAACACUUCUCACCCUUUGGAAAGAUCCUAUCCUCCAAGGUGAUGAGCGAUGAAGAAGGCUCCAAGGGCUAUGGCUUCGUGCAUUACCAGGACCAGAGUGCUGCAGACAAGGCGAUAGAGGAGAUGAACGGGAAGCUGCUGAGGGACUGUGCAGUGUUUGUGGACAGAUUCAAGAGCCGUAAGGAUCGGGAGGCUGAGCUCAGAAGCAAAACCAGCGAAUUCACUAAUGUGUACAUCAAAAACUUUGGGGAUGAUAUGGACGAUGAGGGCCUCAAGGACAUUUUCAGCAAAUACGGUCAAACUUUGAGCGUCAAGGUGAUGAAAGAUGCCAAUGGUAAGUCCAAAGGCUUUGGGUUUGUGAGUUUUUAUAACCAUGAGGCUGCCAGAAAUGCAGUUGAAGGAAUGAAUGGACAGGAUAUAAACGGGCAGACAAUUUUUGUAGGCAGAGCUCAGAAGAAGGUAGAACGCCAGGCUGAGUUAAAGGAAAAGUUUGAACAGAUGAAAAAGGAAAGAAUCCGUGCACGUCAAGCUGCGAAGCUUUACAUUAAGAACCUGGAUGAAACCAUCGAUGAUGAAACAUUGCGCAGGGAAUUUUCUUCCUUUGGGUCCAUUUGCAGAGUUAAGGUGAUGCAGGAAGCAGGGCAGAGCAAAGGCUUUGGCUUGAUCUGCUUCUUCUCUCCUGAGGCAGCUGCUAAAGCAAUGGCUGAGAUGAAUGGCCGCGUCCUGGGUUCCAAAGCCCUCAACAUUGCACUGGGUCAGAAGCACUGAACAACAACAACAACAAAAAAUUCUACCUCUCCAAUCUGAGUAGCAGCUAGGAGAACAAUACUGCUCUCCGCCUGUAGGGUGCUAUAAGGGUAAGCUUCAAACCUUCGUGGCUGCUAAUUCAUUACACUUGUGCAACGAAUUUUGUAUACAAAAACAUUUCUUGUGUGUGUAUGAAAAUGCAAUAAUAUGUUAGAAGCUUGGUUUGUUUUACAGGGUGUUUCCUCAAAUUAAAAAACAAUAUUUUUUCUUAUUUGAGUAUUUACAACAGUGUAAUUGGUUACAUUUUUAUUAUAUUUUGAACUAAGUGAAACCAAUACUUGUAUUUAUUGCAUAUUUUAUUCUUUUGUUUUAAUAAUGUUUCGAGCUUUAAUUUCUCCUAUGAAACAGUGCCCCAAACAAAUUUAAUGAUAGUGUAUUUUUCAUCAAGAGGAAUUUAACAUUUUCAUGGAAGUAUUUUUUUCUUUCUUUUUAUAUUUUGUAACUCAAAAAUUUAGAAAUUGCUAGUCAGAACUCAGUGAAAUAACAAAUUUCACUUUUCAAUUAAUGUUUUUAGUACCAAGAAAUAGUGGUAAUAUACACACAUAACUACAUACAUACAUACAUCCUGGUAUGUUCGGCUUUCUAGUAGCCUACAUUAAAAUGGUGGUAGAGGGAAUGUUGUAUUUUUUGUUUCAUUUUGUGUGUCUUUAAUGUAAUAUGAGUGUUUUCUUACUAAUUGUGCUGAUACAGUAAAGCUUUUCUUUUUAUAUUUCCUCAUGUUAUAAAUCUGUAUCUAUGUAGUUGUUGGACACUUAAAUUCAUCUUAAAUCCCUCCCAUCACACCCAUGCACUUCAUUGAGAUAUAUAUUUAGGUUUUCUUUACAUGCUUAUGUUACAAAAGUCAUAUCUAUGCAAUUCAGAAACUCAAAAGAAAGUCAAUAUUUUAAAAGGAUUAUUUAUGUUAUAUGAAUCUAUCCCAGGGUGAGAAAGAUAAGUGCCUUAUUUUAUAGACCUCCACCUCCUUUUAUUAGGUUUUUAGGACUGUGUUAGUUGUGGAUUUUCUUUUGGCCUUGGUUGGUAUUCUAACAAAGUGAAGUUAUGUCAUUUGAUCUGUUUUUAGCAUGUGUUUUAUUUUGAUGCCCAUUCCACAGGACUCCUGUCUUCUUUCCAUCAAUACUACUUAGCUCAUUUUUUAGACAUUUUUACAAACAUAUUGUCAUAUUGGCUUUUCAUAUAUACUACCUCAAAACCAUUUGAAAUGAAAGGUAAGAGUUCUUUAUGAGGAAUUUACUCACUACCUUCACAAAGUUAUCCACUCAAACCAAAGGUGUGAAAAAGCUUUGUUGUUACUGCUGCUUUCUAUUUUACAUUUUUCUUUCUUGACUUUCUUGUUCUUUUUCUAUUUUGGAUUGUUUAGUCAUUUUUUAUAUUACCAUAUAUCACAACCUUCUACUUCUUAUAUUAAUAGUAUGUAUUUUCCAUAGACAAUACUUUAGAAAUGCAAAAUAUCUGAUUUUGUUUUUAUAAGUCAUAUGAAUACAUAUACAUAUAUAUAUAUAUACUCUUUGCACAUCUGCUGGUUUGAAUAAGAAAAAAUUGAGAAUAAAAAUAAACAUAAGGAAAAUAUUGCAGAAAUACAUUCUGCUAAAAUUCACUGCAUAUUAUCCCUAAUAUUUUGUGUGAUUUAGAACAAUUUUGUUUAUAAUUACUCCUUUUGAUUUGAUGUCUUGGAAUGAUAAAAUCCAACAUACUCAAGAAGCUAUUUACAUAUUAUUUUAGUGGUUUUUAACUUUGGCUAAUAGUAUUUCCUUGAUUUAAGUUCUUGGUUAGUGUAUAUGCUACUGUAUUGCUUUCCUGCUGGGUUUUGUCUUCUGCCAAAGUGUCUUGAAGAUAAGCAUUGUUCCCAACUACUACUGAGAAUCUUCCAAUUCCUUUCUAAAACAAACAAAAAAGCUCUAACUAAUGUUUUAAAACCAAUUUACAGAUGAUUUUGAUUCAUUCCCCAAAUUCCUUACAGAAAUUUCAUGACAACUGCACCUUUUCCUUGUAUCGGCAAAUGAAUAUUUCUGUAUUGUCCAAGAAACUAAAUAUUUUCUCAGCAUUCAGCAGGUUCACUAUAAUAUAUGAAAAAAUACCCACUGUUCUUUUAUUUUACCACUUCAAAAGCUUCUUUUACAUAGCCAAGGUUCUUUCUACCUUUCGUCCUAUAUUUUUUACCAUUAAUGUUUUCAUAGUUGUGAAUUAGUGUUUCAAGAACCUGAGAUAUUUUUCUCUUUUAUAAAUUGUGUAAAGGGAAGCCUUCCUGCCAGCCUGGUUCUAGAGCCGCAUCAGUCCCAAAUAAACACACAGGAGGCUAUAUUAAUUAUGAAGCU